AUAGCAGCCAUUCUUUCUGGGGUGAGGUGGAAUCCCUGAGACAGGUUUUUAAACAGUGUGUUACAUAAUUAUAUUGGGCCGAUGCUGAACUGCUUGAGUGUGAUGCAGGCUUCACAGUUCUGUAGGAAAAUAUCAUCAUCGUCAGGAAGAAGCGCAUUGAAGUGUUUCAUGAUGUGGAUCAUGGGCCGGAGCAAGGGCACGUGUGAGGAGAGGGAAGACGGCGGUGUCUGCCGGUCCAGGCAGAUAGUGUGUGAAUGCUCGUUGUACGCGCUUUUCCUCCUCUGCAGCUUUGGGAUUUUUCAAGAUACAAGCACAGUACAGCAUUGGAAGAAAGAAACCCAGUAGGGAAUUUCUCAGGAAGGGCGUGGGUUUGGUCUGGCAGCUGCACAGCCUUCAUCUGUCCGGCUCCUGCAGCUUUAGCCCGAUCACCCCUGCGAAGCUGCCUCGCCUUCUCCCACCUGUGGCCACCGGGUGCCCUCCAGAAGCUGCACAGCCCCUCGGAUCACUGGGGGCAGGAAGAGGAGCAGGACUCGGACGGUGCCAAGGGCCCACCCCCGGCAGAGCCAGAGGAGGAGGAUGGAGAGGCCUUCUCCUUUCAAUACAGCCCCGGGCAGCUGAGGGGGAACCAGUACAAGAAGAUGAUGACCCAAGAAGAGCUGGAGGAGGAGCGGAGAGUUCAGAAAGAGCAGCUGGCUGCCAUCUUUAAGCUCCUGAAGGACAACAAGGAGACCUUCGGCGAGAUGUCCGAUGGCGACGUGCAGGAGCAGCUCCGGCUCUACGACAUGUAGGCCGCCGCCCAGCAAGACGCGACACAGGAUGGCCGGACUGCGGGGCCAGGACUGUCCCGACCCUGGGCCCAAGUGCUGUGGUUUCCAGACUUUUGCAGGCCGGACUUGAUCAUAGAGACAGCGAUGGAGGUUACGUAUGAUUUUGCUCAACACUUGCGAUUUAUUUCGGUCUCUUGUGGGAAUCAGCAUUGUUCUCUGCAGAGGAAAAAAUCCCCACCCUUUGGUUCCUGCGGCUGUCACUGUCCCUCUGAGGCCGGCUGCUGAGCCAUUUCGGUUCUCACCCCCAGUGGGCCAAGGCCGGCGGGCCAGGGGGCCCCAACAAGUCAGGUGGAGAGAAUUCGGGGUGGUCGGGGACAGGACGGAGGAUGAACACAGCUCCUGCCCCAGACACCCCUUCUCAUUCUGCCUCAGAAGGGUGUCUGGAAUCUCCUGUCCUGGGAAGCAAGCAGCAGGGGAGCGUUCUUUAGCCAAAAGUUGAAUUCAAAGGCUCACCUCCUACCCUGGGGCACACAGUGGUGUCCCAGUGCACUGCCCCUAAGAGUUUCUGUCACGGAAGCAGAGACUUCCUCUAUAACGAAUACUAGACAUUCUAGAUGGAAGAAAUAGAAUAUGGGCCAGGAAUUUAGCUCAGCGGUGCCCGUGCCUGCCUCACAAGAACGAGGUCCUGAGUUCCAUCCUUGAUACCAAAAACAGAAGAAUUAGAAUACCAAGCAUGUGGCUGGGCCGUAGCUCCAUGGUAGAGUGCUUGCCGAGCAGGUGCGAGGUCCUGAGUUUGACCCCCAGCGCUACAAAAUAAAUACACACAUAUAUAUAUGUGCUCAAAUGAUCUAUGAGACAGGACCUGGGACACCACAGGUGGCCGGUCGGUCCCUGAAUAAAUGCACCAUGAUGGUGGCGGAAAUGACACUGGCUCCUUCCUGCCCACCAUCCCUGCUUCUCACAGUGCCAUGGACAGCAAGAAAACGGAGCUAGGGCAGGUGCCACAGAGGGAACCUGUGAACGCUCUUAGAUGUAUUUUGAUUUGCCAGAACAAAUGAAAUCACUUAACCGAAGAACUCGAGCUUAUUUACACACCUCGAGUGACUGGGGUUAACUCCUUCCCAUCACCUCUUGGGUGCCCCAGCUUCUCGGGGAGCUCCCUGGUGCGUGUUCCUUUCUUUCCUUCCUUUCCCGGGGAUGGAACUCAGGACCUUCCACUCGCGAGGCAGGAGUGGCCCCACUGAGCUAAAUCCCCAGCCCUUCUUUUGUCUCUUUGCCGAGGAUACUUGCUUUGCUCUGCAUCUGCUGUUGUGCUUUUUUUCUGUUCAUUUUUGUUGUCGGUGCUUCUCUUUUUUAAAAAAAAAAAAUGUAGUCUUACAUUUUUGUAAAUGCAUGUUAGAUUCUCUGUGACUCCAGGAUGUUCCCUAUCUUAGGACCCAGGGACCCCGUUUCCUCUCUCACUCCUCAGCCCUUUUCAGAUUUUACCAAACAGGAAUAACUCAUGCGCACUUCAGUCAGAAGCCCCUUUGGCUGUGGGGAAAAUACAUGGAAGUAACUUUUGUACACUUGUAGUGUGGCUAAGAUGUCCUGAAGGCAAAGAGAAAACUCUAACUGAACUGGCUUAAAUAAGAAGGCAGUCUCUCAAGAGAAGUGCAAAGGAACAGCGACUCCAGGCCCAGGGCUCAGCUGCCAUUUUCUUACUCGGCCCCUUCCUGGCCUUUUGCUGCAGACUGGCUCUCCGCAUGGUGUCAAGGUGGCUGCAGGAGCCCAGGUGUCAUGUCCAGAAGCAGGAAAGGGACCAUCUCUUGCUUUUGUGUCUAGGAGUAGAAGAAGUGUUCCUUCCAGUCCCAGUAGCGAGAAUAUACCAUGUACCUCUGUUUCCUCCAGACGAGCAAGGGGAUGGGACCACUGUGAUAUGGGGUGGGGGGAGGAAAGAAAUACAGGGUAGGAGAAACGAGAGAGCAAACACGGAAGGAGGCAUCUAUACGGCAGCCCAUGGGAGAAUAUCACUGUGAUGUCACUUCUGCCCGGGCCCAGAGCCAUAAAAGUG